AUGGAAAGUUUAAAUGAUGACGACAUUCGUUUUUUAAAUCGAGCGUUUGAAGUAGCGGAGGAUGCAGUUCGGUACAAUGAGGUACCGGUUGGUUGUAUUUUUGUUUUCGAAGGAGUAGAAAUUGCGUGUGGGAGAAAUGAUGUUAACCGUACGAGGAAUCCAACGUGUCACGCUGAAAUGGUUGCUCUUAGCAUGAUGCAGAAAUGGUGUAUAAAUAAUAAACAUGAAUUUAGUGAUGUAAUACGUCAUACGACAUUGUAUGUAACGCUAGAACCUUGUGUUAUGUGUGCAUCUGCAUUAUACCAUUUACAAUUGAAAAGGAUACUUUAUGGUGCCCCAAAUGAGCGUUUCGGUGGAUUGUGCAGCGUUGGAUCUAGGGAAAAAUAUGCAGCUGAACAUGUUAUUGAAAUUGUGCCAGAUCUUGCUGUUGAUCGGGCUAUAAAGUUAUUAAAAGAAUUCUAUGAGAAGCAAAAUCCGUUUUGUCCAGAAGAGAAACGAAAACAGAAAGUAUCUAAAAGGUCACAAGACAGCAGAAGUUGA